AUGAUGUAUCAAAUUCUGCACUGUAUUCAAUUUGUUAGCUUCAUUGUGUCCCAGUUUACAAAUGGUUUAUUGUUAUAUCUGAUUUGGACGAAGGCUCGGAAGGUUUUGGGAGCUUACAGUUACCUGAUGGCCACGUUUUCAAUGUAUGCAAUCAUGUAUAACUAUGUGGAUGUGAUUACACAGCCAUUGGUAGUGAUUGAGAAGCAAAUGUAUGUGGUUGUGAACCAUGGACCGAUUCGACAUGUUCCUGUUGUUGGAUUUAUUUUCACUUGCCUCUUCGGAUCCUCAUUUGGUCUUUGCAUAUCCCUUCUAUCCACUCAAUUCUUCUACAGAUAUCUUGCUGUUUGCAGACCCAAAUCUCUAUCCUAUUUGGAAGGUCGUCAGUUUCUUCUCAUCUUCGUUCCAGCCCUAUUUGUCUCUGUUACCUGGUUCUUUUUCUGUUAUUUUGGUCUUGAUAUCACACCUGAAAAACAAGAAAUGCUGAAAGGCCCAUUCAUGGACUACUAUGGAGAAGAUUCCAAAACAAUGUCAUUUGUAAGUGGACUCUUCUGGAGCGAAGACAAGAAUGGAAUGGCCCAUUGGAAUGUGAAGGAUUGUGUUGGAUCGCUUGGAUUAGCAGGAUUGAUGAUAAUUUGCUGCUCCACAAUUGUGGUCUGCGCGGUGAAGACGUACAAAAAAAUGAAUGACGCCGGUAAUUUGUUGAGUGAUCGAACGAAAGAGCUCAAUAGACAAUUGUUUAUCACACUCAGUCUCCAGACUCUUCUCCCAUUCAUGCUAAUGUAUGGUCCAGUUGGACUCUUGUUUUUGUUUCCAUUAUUUCAAAUCAACAUCGAUCUCCUGUCAAGCUCGGCUGCCGCAUCAACUGCCAUCUAUCCAGCCGUCGAACCUUUGAUCGCCAUUUUUUGCAUCAAAACCUUCCGAAAAUCAUUGUUCUGUUACAAAGGUAGAGGAAAAAUCUCAAGUGCAGCUGCGUCGACAAUCAGGAGCGCAUGA